UUAAAUUGUUCCCUAUAAAAUGAAAAUUUUUUGUAUUUGGUUUAAAACAUUUUUUGGCAAUGCAUAACGAAGAUUCGCUUAAUAAUAGUACCAGUAGUGAGUUAAAUUUUAUAGAUCAGUGGAGCGAUGUUACAGUACUUAAAGAGAUAUCAAAAGGUGCGAUCCUUCGCCAGCAUAAAGUUAAACAAAGCACUUAUAAAGAUGUAUAUGAUUCCGUAAAUUGCAAUUACGAUGAGCCAUCAACAUCAAAAUCGAAUCAAAUGCACCACGUUAUUAGAAAGCCUGUAUGUAUCAAAACCGGGAAGAUGAAAAGGAGAAAGUCUCCAAAAAGAUGUCCAAUGAGAAUCGCACAGUUGUCCGUACCUACCAAACGGCAAUGUAUUGAUACUUGGCGAACUAAAGCCACAGUAAUUCCAAAUUUUAUGGUAGAGCGACUUAAACAACGAGUAAUGGAUCAAAAACCAAUUGUACUGGUUGCCGACGCUGUAAAUUGUUUUGAAAGAAGAAAAAGAAAGCCCCGAAAAAGGCAAGCUCUUCUCAAUACACUACGAGUACUUAUUUGUUGGGAUAGUCCCAUCAAUAUUUCAAUCCCAAACUUGUAA